AUGCCAGGUGAUAACGAGCUCAGCGAAGUGCCUCCGACACUUGCCGCCGCGCUUCUGAACGGCCGCACGCAACUUCAGGCGGGAAUGCCAUUUCUCAGCGCGGACGCUAUCGCACAGAUUGACAGUUACAUGAGGAACCUCCAAGACAUCACUCGGACCGAGCUCAACCAGCGUCGAGCGAUAUCGCGCGACCUCCCUCCCGAACUCUUAUGCAUGAUAUUCGAACACGCGUUAUCCGUGGAUCGGCUAGUAAUCGCCCCUGACGAGAUGAUUUGGCGAGGUUUCAUUCCUUUAAGUAAAGCCUUACCCACUCUGCUGCAAGUCUGCAAACUUUGGCGUCACCUCCUCCAAAACUUCGCGUUUCCGUGGACUUUCGUCAGCGACUUCGAACCCGAAUUUGCUAUACAACACUCGAAGCAACUUCCCGUAUCGGUUCUCAUCACUGAACAAGACUCGCAGAUCGCCCCCCAUCUCCCUGAUCUCGGACCUCGCCUGCGCGAACUCUUCUGGGGUCCACAGUACACCAAAGCACGCAAGGCGGAUGUUCUUGCCUUCCCAGCGCCGCAGCUAGAAGUGCUCUAUCUGCGCAACUUCGACGCGCAUACGGGAGCGAUCGACCAGCCGUCGCUUAUGCUCUUCUUAGGAGAAGCACCGAAACUGUGCAGACUCCACCUCGACGGCUACGCUUAUCUGCCCGGAAACCAAUUCACGGUGCUAACGCACCUUUGUCUGGAAGAUAUCGACCUUCAGCUGAAGUUCCCCGCAAUAAUUCGCCUAUUGCGGCAGUGUCCUCAACUGAAGCACCUCGCAUUCAUUGGUCAAAUGCCGCUGCACCCCGACGACCCUCACCCGCAUCCCCAACACCCCUCGGGUGGCGCCGAGAUACUCCCGCGUCUCCAACGACUGUCCUUUGAGCGUGUAUCCUCUCGCUUCAUCAACAACAUCACCCACGCCCUUCGUCCACGCCGACCAGACUUCUACUUCCAAGCGUUUCAGGUCCCCACCAUCCCCGGCUCCACCAUCCUUUGCAUGUGCGCUUUCCCCUUCCUAGCCACGAACCUGCUCACCCACCUCGGGUACUUCCGCAAGAGCUGGCAUUCAACCGUGGGCCUCGUCGCCGUUAGCAGGCGCACCUCGAUACGUAUAUUCACCGAGCGCACGGACCUGGACGAUGACGAUUGGGACGCGGACCGCGACACGUCCUGGGUGCUCACGCAGCUCAGCUACCUCCCGCUCAUCGCUGUCGAGGAGUUUCACUUCCACUUCCUGCGCAUCCGGCAUAACCAACCACCCGUCGGCGCGCGUGAGGUGUUCGCGCGCGUCCGCCUCCUGCCGCGCCUGCGCGGGCUCAGCGUCGACACGAACAACCUCGCCGCGUUCCUCAGCAUGCUGUACGGCAACCGCCUCGUCCCACUGGGUUUCGGCGCGAUGCGGUGGCAUCUCCACACCCUGCGCAUCGCCGUGACGGGCUACGACUCCGAGCAGGAGCCGGUGGUGCGAGACACGUUCGACGAGAUGGACCCGCACAUCAAGGAGGCGCUUGCGAUAGACAGGGUGCUUAUCCAAAGCGACAUCGACCGCUCUCUGUUUUCGAAAACGCUGGACACGCUGAGCGCACUAAGUCCGUCUGUGGCAUUUGGGCCCACAGCGAUCUCGGAUGCGAUGGCCACGGUGCACGCCCCCGAGGCCCACCGGGACUGCGUUGAUCCUGUAGCUCAUCCGGCCUGGGAAGGUGCUCAUUAUGAGGGAGCCUUUUUAUAG